AUGACCCGUUCACUUCAUCUACCCAACGACGUGCUGCUUUUAGUUGGUGAACAUCUGGAAAGCCAUACAGAUCGCUGGAAUCUUAUUUUUGUCUCCCGUCACUUCCAUGACCUCUUUGUCUCCCUUCUCUACCGGGUGGUUCGGCUAAACAAUUGGCGCGAUGCUUACUCGUUCCUUUGCGCCAUCACCAAACGCCCGCCACUUACAAGAGCAGUACGCGAGCUUGACCUGAGUGGUUGGCAAAGGGACCUAAUCCCCCAAGAAGAUUGGCAAUCGCUGCAAAGGUCCACCACAUUAAAAGAUUGUGUCGAAGUCUCCUCAUAUUCCCCUGACGAAACGGCACAAUGGAACGAGCAUCUUGCCACAGGUCGGGGUGAUGCGUGGAUUGCAUUAAUGCUGCCACUAUUGACCCAGCUUCGGCAGCUUCAUAUCGUUUAUUAUACGCAUCCCAUCUGCUUGAACCACAUCAUGCAGCGGGCAAUCAAUGGCGAGAGACCGUUCCAAUCGCAGCCCGGUUUUCAGCACUUGCGCAAAGUCUCUUUACAUCAUCAAGAGGACGUUGAUCAUUCCGCAGCGCAAGAGGAUGCAGGAAAUGACUAUCAUCAAACUUCAUCAGCUCUCCUAUUGUCAUUCUUCCGGUUAUCUUCCAUGCGCUCACUGGUUGCCAACUCGGUGGUGGAUCCGACCUCGGACGAGUCAGACUUUGAUGUAGAGGAAACUGAGCAAUCGCAUUCGGGCCUUUCCUCGAUCACCGAGAUAGACCUGCGUCAUAGCAGUGGUAACCAUGGCAUGGAAGCCUUGAUAUCCUCGUGUACAGAUCUGAAGUCGUUCAAAUAUCAGCACUCGGAUUCGCAUCUUGCCUCUCACGGCUAUCUACCGAGUGCUUUCUAUCACUCUUUGACUCGCAGCAAACGGACCCUCCAGACAUUGUGGCUGGACCACUACGGGGAUCAUUAUCCUUUCACAUCUGCCGGACUUAAUCAGACCCACGAUGAAUGGUUUGGAUCUUUAGCUGAUUUUUCCGCCCUUCGAGAGAUUCGCGUUCGCUUGCCCAAUCUCCUCGACAUUCGAUAUCAAAACGAACCAACGACUCCUCUCCUGAAUUGCUUACCUGGAUCACUCGAGACCCUUUACAUCGAAGGAUGUGAGGAGCGACAUAUGGGUAUGCUAGUCUCACAACUCCGGACUGUUGUUAAGAACCGUCCCUCUCGAUUCCCUCGCCUCCGAUACUUGGAUGUCGAGGGGGCAUUCCAGAAUGCCUCGGGCGAUGAACUUGGUGACACGAGCGUCCCGGUGUCUAGCCGCACCGAUCACACCAUCAAGGCCAAGAUUAUGCAAGCUGCAGAGUUAUUGCACGAGGAUUGUGCUUCGGUUGGAUUGGAACUGCAUGUCCAUGACCGCGCCUUUUCCAAAGAUUUGCGUUAUUGA